AAAAAGGAGGCUACGAUGUAUUUAAAUCGCCAGGAACAGCUGUUCCUUCGGUUAAUCCCCGAUCAGAGAGCAACGUUGCCAUGGUGAUAUCCCUGCAGGAAGCAGCUGCCGUUGGCGCCAAGAGCUCAGCCACCCACCCCACCGCGGGCGCCAGCGAAUGGCCGAGCGCUGUUUGUCAACAAGGGCCGAGGAGGUGGUGAUCGUGCAGCAGCUAGCGCCCCUUUACCUGGACCGUGAACGUGGAGUUUUUGUGCCUCAGGAUUUGGUGAAUCAGCUGGCCGACCAUCAACUGGCGGGUGUCCGCUUCAUGUACCAACAGGUUCGAAGUGAGUAUACAGGAUUAUUCUUGAACGAUGAACCGGGACUAGGGAAGUGUCAUCAAGUGGUGGCACUACUGAGGGCCGUCGCUAACGAUCCUGCCACACGUUCAAUGGUUUUGUGUUCCAGCAGAGAACGAGCACACUAUUGGGCGUACCAUCUGGAGCUGCUUGUAGUGGACGGACCGGUACGUUCCCGGAUACUGGUGAAAACACAUCAGGAGCUGGCACAAUCGACAACGGACGCAUCUUGCUGGCAUUACAUCGUCGUCGAUGAGACGAAUCGUUUUGCUACUCGAGUGGAACUAGCGAAGCUGCGUUCGAUCAAGGUGGAACGUUUCAUUUUUCUGUGCUCGAUCAACUUGCUCAAUCAUCCGACUGAGCUCUCCGAUCGGUUACCGUUCUGUUGUGAACCAACGAGAGCGGCAUCCCUGAGUAAGCUGUUCGACAAGCAACAAACGAAACGAGAUCGUUUCCGGGCGUAUCUCUGCCUGCGACCGCUGCUUUUGCGACGAUACACCUGCAACUAUCAACGAGUGCUGCCAAUGGUUGUGAAGGAGGAAUUCCAGAGACGAUUUAACGCCUGGAGUACGCCAGCGGACGGCCGGUUAACGGGGAAGAGCGAUAAGAGCUGUCCGGUAGCAGCAACUGCACCACAUUCGGAAGCUGCAACCCUGAAGAAAGAAGAUACCAACGAUAGUCCUCUGUUUGCUUUCGGUAGCUUCGAAAUGACACCGCAAGCGGACAACGCAACGGAGGCCACAAAACCAGCAAUGGAUCGACAACCGGAUGAAAUCGAUCGUGAAACCAGCAAGUCGGCAACCGUGGGCACCGUUCAAGCGACCUUCAGUGAACCGCUGUUCGAGCCGUUUGAAAUGGACACCGAACAGAUGCCUGCAUUACGGGUUGAAUCAGGAAGUAGUACCGAUGGUUCAGUGAUGGGAUCCCAGCAAACCGUGAUCGGUGUACCGGUGUCGACUGUGCCUGAAACGCUCGAUGCCGAUUCCGAGGAGUUCCUACAACUGGGCCAGGGUUCGAUUUCGUGCAGCAAUACACACCAAGACCACCAACCCGUGACGGAUGUGGAGGAAGAUCGGUAUUGCUUUCCGAUGGAUAAGUUCCAGCAACCGGCAUGUUCCAGUUCUUCGGCGGCAAGUGUUGUUGAGCAGAGUAUACCGAAUGGCCAGAAACCAGCGUCCGGUACUGACGUGGUUGUUAUCACCUCUUCUUCCUCCUCAUCUGAUGCGAGAGCGAAACGGUUGAAAUCGCCGUCCCUCUUCGGGGACAGUGACAAUGAUACGGCAUCGCUUGAAUCGGAUUGUGACGCGGAGAUUUCUAUUACGGAUAUGUUGGUCAAAUCACCCGGUAAUCUAUUGCCACCGAGUACCUCCAAACGGUCAAGUGAAGACAGACAACGUGCCGUGCCGUUACCACGCACGUUAACGCACUGUAGCACUCCGAUUGCGAAGCUUAUCACAGCUCCACUGCCUCUUGCUACCAUCGGUUGCGAUGUAGGACCUUCGCAGGAACUCAACCUUUCAUCGGCUGAUAUUUUUGCCGAUUCGCCUGCCUUUGGACAGCGACAGAGAACGCGCUUGGCAGAGAAUGUGUUCGAAAUCACCAAAAACGCGGCCUUCCCCAAUCGGAUUGUCGUGCAGGAGAACGAUGCUACCGGGGGGCUACCGGGUACACCGGUUCUCCGGAUCGAAGGUGACUUGUCGGAUGAUGAUGAUGAUGAUGUGGUCGAGAUUAUUGAGGCCAGUGAAGGUGUGAUUGAUCUGGUGGAUGAUGAAUCGGAUGCCUGUAAAACGAAGGCCCUGGAAGGUCAGCGUACGCCACAGAGCAGCACAAGUAACAGUAGUAUCCGUCGAACUGGUAGUGGUGCCGGUGGUUUGAACAGGACGCCCUCAUCAUCAGGGUGGUUGGGCAAACGGACACCAACCUCCUCCAUAUCGCCGAACAGCAGCAAUAGCAACACACCAACCAGAGGUAAGCCAUCACCUCACCUAGGUGGUAGCGAUGGUAACCGGCGACGGAUAGGUGAUCGGUUUAGUGGACGAGAACCAUCUAAACGACGUCGUAAGUUGGACGAAGAGUUCCAAGAGUCGGAACGUAGCCGGACACAGGCUAGAGCUACCGGUCUUCGCGGUAGAGAUCUUUUGAAAGGUAAUGAAAGAAAGGGAAGAAAGUAGUGCGUUCUAAUUCAGAUAAUUUUUUAAACCUUUAUUUUAUCAAGUUAGUAUACGAUUUAGUUUUUUUAAACCUUAAGUUUAAUUUAUUGAGUGCACAAAACAAAAUGAUCCUAUAAUUGAUCAAGAUAUGUAACAACGCGUGUUUGCACUUUCAACUAUCCUCGAACGGCUGCACAUUUCUUUGGGCAACAGGUUCACUUAGGCUUUUUAAUUAAUUUAGGUUGUUCACAUCUGCUGCGACGCGGGUUUCUUUCAGGGAUCAGAACAUAUAUUUAGGCUUUUGCGAAAAUUGGUAUCAUUAAGCGAUGAGUGAUUAGGCUUUAGUUAAGUUUUUCAAAGUAUUUCGGAUUCAGUUUUAUUAACUGAUUUUAUAAAAAAUCCAGUUUUUAGGAUUGCUUUUCCCAAAAAUUAAUAUAAAUUGCUGUACGAGUCAUGUGCUUUAUUUAUGGCAUACAUAUUAAUCAGCUUCACUAAGCAGCUUCAUUGUAAAUUUUAUAUCAAUAAAAAAAUCAUGUUAUCAAGCAAAGUGCGAGACUCGUGUAUCGGUGCAUGAUUUCAGUAA